UAGGAAGUCCGGUGAAAAAAGGUGCCCGCCUAUGCAAAUCAAAGGCCGUCCAACUGCAUCGUUCUGGCGCCGGGUCUACGGCGAGUGGAGAAGGACCAUCUCAUUUCAAGCAACAGGACCGAGUUUGGGAAACUGGGUUAAGGCUAUGUGGACCAUGUCUCUGAUCCUGUUUGCCCUGGUGGUGCGGGUCAGGGAUGGUCUGCCCCUCUCAGCCUCCACUGACUUCCAACACAACCCAGAGCUGCAAGAGAAGAAGCAGCAGCUACGGACCAUCUCCAAGACCCUCAGCCUGUUCCCCGACAGAGGGGCGGUCAAGGGCCAUGACCUCAAUAUAUAUUUCCUCUCCAGUGAGGGCGUAUCCUACAUGAGCGUGUGUGACGCCAGCCUCCCUGCAGCCAUGGCCUUCUGUUUCCUAGAGGACCUGCGCUGGGACUUCACAGCACAUAUGGACAGCGCCAAGGUUGCCCUGGCAGCCAGGCCUUACCCCUUCCUGGAGUUCGACAACAGCAUAGCGUGGCUGCAGCAGCAGUAUAAUGUGAUCCUCAAGCCUGUGGGCUCUCAUUCACCCAACCACCUAGUGGCUUCAAAGGUGGAAGUGUGA